AUGGAUCAAUUGAGUGAAAAUCUUGCAAAAACAAGUUUGACAAGCAUGGAAUCGACUAAAAAAGAUGAAAUAGACAAAGAAAAUGCCGAUACUAGUCUCUGUCCUGAUUCCAAUACUCCUGGGAAUGCAAGCAUUUGGUCACAAUCGUCAACUGCCAUGAGUCAGCCAACGGCAAAUUCAGCAGAUGCAAUAUCAUCAAGAAGCAUCAACUCUACAGAUAAUGGAAUCCUCGAUGCAGAGCAGGAGUAUACACAGUUUUUUCUCGAUAAAAGCGAUUCAGAUCCCAACUUCAUUAAUCUAGUAGAGCAGUUGUCAGAGAUAUUUCCCAACCUUGUCAAAACCGACUUGAAGAUCAGAUUGAAGCUUAGUGAUAAUGUUGAGCAACUAAUGGAAGAGUUGUUUGUUGAAAGUGAACAAAGAGAGUUAAUGGAAGGGGAAGGCAUACAUACAGAGCUUGAAGGGAAAGAGGUACAAGCUUCAAAAGCAGCAGAGCCAACGGAUCAAGGGUUGACCUGGUACCAAAAGCCUGUUGAGCCUGCGUCCAAGCUUCAGCUGUCAAAAUACGUGGUGGAGACAUGUCAAUUGCAAGAGAUUUUCCCUCACUUUCACCCAUCAUUGAUUGAGCAGGCUCUUAUUAAACAUAAUGGAGAUGUGGAUGGUGCAUCUAUUGAUUUGCUAGACCCUGAUUCAUUAAAAUCAAUGCAGACUGGCAGAACUGAAAGCAAUGCAUGGAAGGUUGAUGAUGACUUGAUUAGUCGAGUCAAAAGCAUUUUAGAUGUCAAUGAUGGUGACACCUUUACCACCGGAGACAAGUCAGCACAACGAAUACUUGACGACGAGAAAAUCAAGUUUCAUAUAUGCAAGUGUCGUCAAGAUUAUAGUGAGACAUUAAAGAGCAUUGUCGUUAAUUGCAGACCAAAAGUACGACAACAAGUGACAAUCAGAAAUGUCGGUGGCCGUGUGCAAAGGGGUGGGCCCAAGAAAGUUUCAAGAACAAACACAGAAUACCGUUUAGCAUCCUCCACAUACAAAUAUAAUCCACAUGGAGCAGAAAGUUUGGAGCUUCAACACAUUUACAUUGUUAAUAAGCAGCUUCAAAUGUUGGAUAAAUCUGUUCUCAUCAAUGCACUUGAGUUUUACGAAGGUGAUUGUGAUAAAGUGUUGCAAUUCGCAAUUGAGGUGUUAUCGCAUAGAUCGAUUGAUAAGUUACCGACGAUAGAAUACGCUAUAAACGUAGCCCCGAUAAACAAUUCGGCCAAAAAAAAUUCUUACACCACCAAUUCGAUCCCCAUCUACUCAGGUCUUGCGGAAACUUUCAAAGGUUACUCUGCGAAAAGGGGGCCACUGUCACUGCAAACCCCAACACCAACUUCGACAAAAGACAUUAGCAAGUUUGUUUCGGACUCCAAGCUAGAUUUACAUGGAAAAACUGCGUUGGAGGCUCUUGCACUAACGAAAAGGGUUCUUGAUGCAUGGUGGCAAGAGGAAAUAGAACAACGUAUUGAACAUGGCAAGCUUAACCUGUAUGGUUCCUCAGGGGUAUUUGUUAAUAACUUGCUAAUCGUAACUGGUCGCGGAAUACACUCGGCGAAUGGAGUAAGCAUAAUCAGGCGAUACGUCAAGGAUCAUUUAGUUCGUAAUGGCUAUAUUUUUGAAGAAGGGAUUGGUAAUUUCGAGGUCCAAGGUUUGCGGAAAAAAUAG